UCCAAAAGGUUAAGGUAGAUAAUCCUAAAAUCUUGCAUUCAGGUAAAUCAGAAAAGUACAUAAAAUUUUAAAACCACGAAUAUAAUAAUACAUAACAGCAUUCUCACGAUUUUGCGACUAAAUAGCUAAGCAAUUAUAUUCUGAAAAUUUUCAGUUUCAUUUGCCAAAAAUGAGCCUAGAUGAAGGUCAACCAUACGUUGCUAAUCUUUCUUCUCCGGAGGAAGUAAUAACAACCAACCUUAUCAAAAAGAUACUCCACGGCCACGAUCCAGACGCCAAACUCGUCUCAUACUCUGCCAAGUUGGGCAACAAGACGGGUGACAAUUUCAUGUCGGUUAUCUACAGUGCUGACAUCCUCUUCACAAAUUCUUCCUCAUCCGAGGAGAAACUUAAGGUCAUGGUUAAAACCAUGCCGAGGAAUGAGUUCCGAGUCGAAGAGCUCAAUAAAGUCGCCGCCUUCGCCAAAGAGGUCAAAAUGUACGCCCACGUCCUCCCAGAAAUGGUACGGUUCCAGAAGGAGAACAAAAUUAAGGAUGGCGAAAUAAUGGCGGAUUGGCCGGCAUGUUUGGCGUCAUUUUCUAACGGAGGAGUCGAUGAUUUCGUAGCAAUGGGAAACUUACGGGGAAAAGGCUACAAAAUGGAGGAUCGAAUCAGAGAAUCACCCACAUUUCCAAAAUUUUAUAGAAGAGUAUAAAAACUGCAAAUUUUACGGAGUCAUGCUCGGUUUGCUAACGGCACCGAUGAUGUGCACGGAAAGUGAAGAUCUUGCAGACUUGGAGGGUGAGCAAUAUAUUUAAAAUGUGGAAAUUCACACACUUUUUUGGGUAAAUAAGUUAAAAAUGUUGUCCUUAGACAUGGAGGGCUUUGGGGAGGAUGCCGCAACCAGAAUGUUUGAGGCAAGAACCAAAUCAAGUAAAGAUAGCCAGUUAAUAUCUACCAACA